CAACAUCAUCAUCCGCACAUCCAUUGCAAUUUAUCUCCUCUUCACUUAACCCAUCUUCCAAUCCAAAUCUUUUUCCCACAUUUCAUAACCCACAUACCCAACAUGUCUGGAAACUCAAGCGUCGGCAACAGCAACGUCUACGAGGCUGGCGACCAGGUCACCAGGUCCAACGCCGAGAUCGAGCAGGAGAAGAAGGAGAACAGGUUUCACGAGGGCAAGGAGAACUCCCACAAGGCUCUCGACUCAAAGGAUGAACGAUCAAUUGCCAACAAGCUCGAGCGCGAGGAGAAGCGCGAGAAGGAGGGUGAAGAGAAGUCUCUCGAGGACCUGCAGAGGGAGAAGGAUGCUACCCUGCCUGCACGCGCACACGGCAACGAGCCCUCAAAGGGAGCCAAGAUCGACCAGGAGCUGAGGGAGGAGGAUGAGGCCAUGCUCAAGAAGAAGGGCGCUGCCUAAGUUUGUCGCUGUAAAAGACGAUUUCGAUACCCGCACUUUUUCCACGCGCCUGCCUGGAGUUGGAGGGAUGUAUGCAUAAUGACUCGGAUUGACGAUAAAACGUCUCCACGAAAGCCUGGAAUAUGGCUGAGACAUGAAUGAAGAUAUGUACACCACCAAACCAUUUACUUUUAUAUGAAGUUGCGACG